CCCACGUGGGCCGGCCUGGGCCAAUGGCGAAGCGCGGCCCUCCUGGCGGACGCCAUUGCUGUCAGAGCGGAGCUCUGAGGCGAGUGUCUUGUGUAUAUGAGUGUGUGUGAGAAAGAGAGGCGGCGCUGAGGGGAGAGCCCGCCGGAGACGGGGAGAAGGAAGAAGAAAGAAAGAAAGAAAGAAGAAGAAAGGGGGGGCGAAAGAGAAAAAAGGAGGUGGAGGGACCCCUCGCGGCAGUCGCCGCGCGCGUGCGAGUGUGCGCGCGCGCGUCCUCGCGCGCUACGACGACGACCGAGGCCGCGCUCGAUUACCAUCCCCGGUGACGAGCCGGGGUGUGUGUGUGUGUGUGUGUGUGAGCGAGCAAGCGAGCGAGGAGCGUCGAGACGGGGAAGCGGGAGGCCAUUUCUUCCUCCGCCCGCCCGUGAAGACGACGACGGCGACGCACCCGGCAGCGCCAGCGGCAGCAACAGCAGCGACGGGACCGAGCCGCCGCCUCAGCCUCACAUCUCGUCACGCCCGACGCCAGCUUGCCGUCGCCGCCCGCGCCAAUCUCCUUCCUCUCAUAUAUAUAUAUAUAUUUAGCGUUGUGUUUCUCUGCCUCACAGGCGGGAGGAGGAGGAAGAGUGGGAGUCCAGCCCCGCCCGCGCUGCGCGGCCGGGGUGGGCACAGCGUCGGCGGCGUCGGCUGAGCAGCUCCGUCUCCUCUACAGCUCCCAGGAAGGGAGGAACAAGCGGGGAGGCGGCCGGUAGAAGGAGAGAGGGAGGCAGCGAGAGCGCCCCCCCUCCGCGAUCGGCCAGGCGGGCCCGCCCACCUCAGCGUCUCUCAGACACCCCCCGCCUUCCUCCUCCCCCCACUCUCCUCUUCCUCCCCCCUUCCUCCUCCUCCCCAGACAUGCCCCGCUCUGGAGGCCGGGCUCGCCGAGGAGGAUCAUGACUGCGGUGGCGAACGGGGCGAGCCUGGAGGACUGUCACUCCAACCUCUUCUCCCUGGCCGAACUCACAGGCAUCAAGUGGCGUAGGUAUAACUUUGAAGGCCAUGGAGAUUGUGGCCCUAUUAUCUCAGCCCCUGCUCAAGAUGACCCAAUCCUUCUGAGCUUCAUCCGCUGUCUGCAGGCCAAUCUGCUGUGUGUCUGGCGACGUGAUGUCAAACCGGAUUGUAAAGAGUUAUGGAUAUUCUGGUGGGGAGAUGAACCAAACUUAGUAGACGUGAUACAUCGAGAGCUGCACAUGGUGGAGGAAGGACUUUGGGAGAACGGGCUUUCGUAUGAGUGCAGGACACUGCUUUUCAAGGCAAUCCACAACUUGCUGGAAAGAUGUCUAAUGGAUAAGAACUUUGUAAGGAUUGGCAAAUGGUUCAUCCGGCCAUAUGAGAAAGAUGAAAAGCCCAUUAACAAAAGUGAGCAUUUGUCCUGCGCCUUCACGUUCUUCCUUCAUGGGGAAAGUAAUGUGUGUACAAGUGUGGAGAUUGUUCAGCACCAACCAAUCUAUCUAAUCAGCGAAGAGCAUCUCCACAUGGCUCAAUCCUCUCCCAUACCAUUCCAAGUGCUGAUAAGCCCAUAUGGUUUAAGUGGUACUUUAACAGGCCAAGCAUACAAGAUGUCAGACCCAGCAACCCGGAAGCUAAUUGAGGAGUGGCAGUAUUUUUACCCAAUGGUGUUGAAGAAGAAAGAAAACUUGAAAGAGGAAGAACUGGGAUAUGAUGACGAUUUUCCAGUGGCAGUAGAAGUCAUAGUUGGUGGUGUCCGAAUGGUGUAUCCUUCAGCUUUUGUUCUUAUCUCACAAAAUGAUAUUCCUGUGUCUCAGAACACUUCCAUGCUAGGAGCCCACAAUAGUACGGCACAACAGGGAGUGGGAAAUGUGAAAGAUCCCAGCAGUUGUGGAAUGUUGCUCACACCACCCACCUCUCCAGAGCAGACUGUCAUAGGUGAAAAUGGAGGCAUUUCAAGCACAGUCAGUCAUUCAGCAGUGCCAGAUGGGAUGGUUGCUGUGCAGAGUCCAAAGAAAUCAGGGAGAAUUCCUCAGAAAUUCCAGAAUUGUAUGGUGCGCAGAGUUUGGAAGGAGUGUAUCCUCAACAGGACACAGUCCAAGAGGAGUCAAAUCACUGCGGAGGAAGAAGCCCCCAGGAGCUGUGUUACUUGGGAUUUUGUUGAUCCAGUCCAAAGAGUGUGCUGUACUUGCUCCAGGCAUAAGCUUCUCAAGCAACGCUGUGCUGUGGGUUCCAGUCGUCCACCGACGAUAUCACAACCAGGGUUUAGUGUGGGAUCCUCAUCCUCUUCUGCCUUGCCGCCUCCCGCCUCUAAGCACAAAACCACAGAGAGGCAGGAGAAAUCAGAAAAACUACAAAAGAGGUCACUGCUGCCAUUUCACCAUCGUCCCUCCAUCACCGAAGAUCUGUGUAUGGAGCAGGACCCUUCAGGACAGAAGCUGGCCUUGGCUGGGAUGGAGUCGUCUUUGGAAGCCCCUAAUAACAGGAAAUAUGAAAAGCAGCUUUCCCUGCCACCCAGACACCCAAGCAAACCAACAAAUUUGAAUCCUAUGGAUUCCCCCCAUUCCCCCACAUCCCCUCUGCCUCCCACACUUAGCCCCCAGCCAAGAGGGCAGGAAGCUGAUAGUUUGGACCCUCCUUCCGUUCCCGUAAAUCAAGCCCUCUACAGCAAUGGAUUGGAGCUCCAGCCGAUGGCCAACGCAGAGGACAGGACAGUCCUUGUAGGCCAGAGGGUGCCGCUGAUGGCAGAAGUCAGUGAGACGGCUUUGUAUUGUGGGGUUAUACACAACCAAGAGUCAACAAAUAAAUGGCAGGGGUAUAUUCUUCCUUUGAGUGAUGAUCCAGAGUUUAGCCCACCACAACUCAAGUGUGAGAGAUACGAUACCAGGAUGGAUGUUGCCUCUGAGAGCACUGCACUGAAAAGGCUCUUAGCGCAACCUAACAAAAGAUUUAAAAUCUUGGACGUCAGCCCCUCAGUGCCAGCAAUGAAUUAUCUCGACCCCUUACCUCUAAUACAGCAACCUGGCGAAUGUUUGGGAGACGUCAGUGAUCCUUACACAUUUCAGGACGGUGAUAUCAAAUACAGUUUCACUGGCACUAAAAAAUGCAAGCUUGGAGCUGAUAGAGAAUCUCUGAAGAAGAAUAAGUCAGAAGAUGGAACAACAACUAAGGAGAUUUCUGCAGCAGGUCAUUCCACCACCAUUCCAGAUGGGAAAGAUGCAAUGUCCAUUUUCAGUUCUGCUCCUAAAACAGACACCCGGCAAGAUAAUGUUGCAGGACGUGCUGGUUCUAGUAGCCUCACGCAAGUAACAGACUUGGCCCCUUCAUUACAUGAUUUAGACAACCUCUUUGAUAAUUCAGAUGAAGAUGAGCCUGGAGCUGUCUCACCUGCCCUCCGGUCAUCAAAAAUACCUGCAGUGGGGACUGAAGAGCGCCCUCUGGGCAAGGAUGGCAGAACAGCAGUACCGUAUCCUCCAACCGUGGCGGAUCUGCAGAGGAUGUUUCCAACACCACCCUCCUUGGAGCAGCACCCUGCUUUCUCCCCUGUGAUGAGCUAUAAGGAUGGCAUCAGCUCAGAGACAGUGACUACCCUGGGAAUGAUGGAAAGCCCCGUGGUCAACAUGGUUACAACCCAACUCACAGAGUUUAAAAUGGAAGUGGAGGAUGGAUUAGGCAGCCCUAAGCCAGAAGAAAUAAAGGAUUUCUCCUUUGUGCACAAAGUUCCAAGCUUUCAGCCCUUUGUGGGCUCCUCUACGUUUGCUCCUUUGAAGAUGCUGCCAAGCCAGUGCCUGCUACCUCUGAAGGUUCCAGAGGCCUGUGUCUAUCGGCCUUCCUGGGCUAUCCCUCCAAAAAUUGAGCAACUUCCUUUACCGCCUACAGCCACUUUCAUCAGAGAUGGAUACAACAAUGUCCCCAGUGUUGGGAGCCUGGCUGAUCAAGACUACCUUCAGAUGAACACUCCCCAGAUGAGCACUCCUGUGACACUAAACAGUGCUGCUCCGGCCAGCAACAGUGGGGCUGGAGUCUUGCCUUCCCCGGCCACUCCUCGUUUCUCUGUCCCUACACCGCGCACGCCCAGGACCCCAAGGACUCCUCGAGGUGGGGGCCCUGCCAGUGGGCAAGGGUCCGUAAAAUACGACAGCACGGACCAAGGAUCACCAGCCUCCACGCCCUCUACGACCCGGCCCCUCAAUUCUGUGGAGCCCGCCACUGUCCAGCCAAUUCUGGAAGCUCACAGCCUGUAUGUUACACUCAUCCUUUCAGAUUCUGUGCUGAAUAUCUUUAAAGACAGCAACUUCGACAGCUGCUGCAUUUGUGCUUGCAACAUGAACAUUAAGGGUGCUGAUGUGGGACUGUAUAUCCCGGAUUCAUCUAAUGAGGACCAGUAUCGGUGCACUUGUGGAUUUAGUGCAAUUAUGAACCGCAAGCUAGGGUACAACUCUGGGCUGUUCAUUGAGGAUGAAUUGGACAUUUUUGGCAGGACUUCAGACAUCAGUCAGGUUGCGGAGAGGAGGUUGAUGAUGUGCCAGACCACCUUAAUUCCUCAGCUAGGAGAGGGAUCUAAGAGGGCUCAGGAGCCCCCUGUGAGUCUUCUCCUCCUCCUCCAGAAUCAGCACACCCAGCCUUUUGCCUCGCUGAGCUGCCUAGAUUACAUGUCUGUUACAAGCCACCAAUCGCUCUCUAUUACAAACUGGAGUUAUGACAGAGUCCAGGCAGAAAGCAACGACUCCUGGAUUGAGUGCUUUAACGCUCUCGAGCAAGGCAGGCAGUAUGUGGAUAACCCAACAGGUGGGAAAGUAGAUGAAGCCCUUGUCAGAAGUGCAACAGUUCACUCUUGGCCUCACAGCAAUGUUCUAGACAUCAGCAUGCUCUCCUCCCAGGAUGUCGUGCACAUGCUUCUGUCUCUCCAGCCUUUCCUCCAGGAUGCCAUCCAGAAGAAGCGGACAGGCAGGACCUGGGAGAACAUCCAGCAUGUCCAAGGGCCCCUCACCUGGCAACAGUUCCACAAAAUGGCAGGGCGAGGAACCUAUGGUUCAGAGGAGUCUCCUGAGCCUCUUCCAAUCCCCACUUUGCUGGUUAGUUAUGACAAGGACUUCCUGACAAUCUCUCCGUUCUCCUUGCCAUUCUGGGAGAGGCUGCUGCUGGAGCCAUAUGGAGGCCAUCGGGAUGUUGCUUAUAUUGUGGUGUGUCCAGAAAAUGAGGCCUUGCUUGAUGGAGCCAAAACUUUCUUCAGGGACUUGAGCGCCGUAUACGAGAUGUGUCGACUUGGUCAACAUAAACCGAUCUGUAAAGUGUUGCAUGAUGGGAUCAUGCAAGUGGGAAAGACUGUGGCCCAGAAGCUGACUGAUGAGCUUGUGAGUGACUGGUUUAACCCACCCUGGGUCAACGAAGACUCUGACAAUCAUUCCAGGCUCAAACUUUAUGCGCAAGUCUGUCGUUACCACCUAGCACCUUACUUAGCUACUUUGCAACUUGACAGCAGCCUGCUGAUGCCACCUAAACACCAGACAGUCUCACCGCCAUCAUCAAGCCAGGAACAGACAAUGUCCGGGAGCGCAGCAUCGAUUCCCCCCAAUUCGGCCUGCCUCGCUGCAUCCGGGGCUCCUCCUACUGCCGGUUCUUUCACCUCCGCACCCAAUGGUGGGACCACAAGCCUCCCAGCAGGCAACACUUCAGCCUCGGGAUCCACAGUGCCACAGCUGUCAGCAUCCUCCUCGGUGCCCAGUAUUAACCAGACAAACACUACCUCCUCUUCAGGGUUCAGCGGUGGCCUUCCUCAAGGUCAAAAUCCAAUUCUUGGUGUAAACUCCACAGAGAGGCCCCAAGGAAGCACAGUCUCCGGAGGAGAUGCAGAGGCAGGGCAUAAUUCAUCUCAACAGCAACAAGAAGGGCAGGAAAGUUCUGCAGAGAGGGAGAGGAUAGGAGUUCCCACUGAACCUGAGUCAGCAGACAGCCACGCCUACCCCCCAGCUGUCGUCAUCUAUAUGGUGGACCCUUUCACCUACACUGCAGAGGAGGAAUCCACCUCAGCCAACUUCUGGCUCUUGAGUCUGAUGCGAUGUUACACAGAGAUGCUGGACAACUUGCCUGAACAUAUGAGGAAUUCUUUCAUUCUCCAGAUUGUGCCUUGCCAAUACAUGCUGCAGACCAUGAAGGACGAGCAGGUCUUUUAUAUUCAGCACUUGAAGUCUCUGGCAUUUUCAGUCUACUGCCAGUGCAGGCGACUGCUGCCCACACAGAUUCACAUUAAGUCCCUGACUGGCUUUGGGCCAGCAGCCAACAUUGAGAUGACUCUCAAGAACCCAGAGCGGCCUAGUCCUAUUCAGCUGUACUCCCCUCCAUUUAUCCUGGCACCCAUCAAAGACAAACAGACAGAGCUGGGAGAGACCUUUGGAGAAGCCAGCCAGAAGUACAAUGUGCUCUUUGUUGGGUACUGUUUAUCUCAUGACCAGCGCUGGCUCUUGGCCUCCUGUACCGACCUGCAUGGCGAGUUUUUGGAAACCUGCAUUGUCAACAUUGAUUUGCCAAACAGAUCGAGGAGGUGCAAAGUAUCAGCCCGUAAAAUUGGCUUGCAGAAGCUGUGGGAAUGGUGUAUUGGGAUUGUCCAGAUGACAUCACUGCCCUGGAGAGUGGUGAUUGGACGCCUUGGGCGACUUGGCCAUGGGGAAUUGAAAGACUGGAGCAUCUUGCUUGGAGAGUGUUCGCUGCAAACAAUCAGCAAGCAGUUGAAGGAAGUGUGUCGAAUGUGUGGCAUCUCUUCUGCGGAUUCUCCCUCAAUUCUCAGUGCCUGUUUGGUUGCCAUGGAGCCCCAAGGGUCAUUUGUGGUGAUGCCAGAUGCUGUUACGAUGGGAUCUGUGUUUGGCCGCAGCACUGCCCUUAACUUGCAGUCGUCCCAGCUGAAUACUCCGCAGGAUGCCUCUUGUACACACAUCUUGGUGUUUCCAACCUCUGCAACCAUCCAAGUCGCUCCAGCAAACUAUCCAAAUGAGGAUGGAUUCAGCCCCAAUAAUGAUGACAUGUUUGUCCUUCCGUUCCCGGACGACAUGGAUAACGACAUUGGAAUUCUAAUGACUGGGAAUCUCCACUCAUCUCCAAAUUCCUCUCCCGUCCCUUCCCCUGGCUCUCCUUCUGGGAUUGGAAUAGGACCAUCCUUCCAACAUAGCCGGAGCCAAGGAGAACGUCUCCUCUCCCGGGAAGCGCCUGAAGAACUGAAGCAGCAACCUCUUGCCUUGGGGUACUUUGUCUCUACUGCCAAGGCAGAGAACCUUCCUCAGUGGUUCUGGUCAUCCUGCCCGCAGGCCCAAAAUCAGUGUCCCCUCUUUCUGAAGGCAUCAUUGCAUCAUCACAUCUCUGUUGCGCAAUCGGAUGAGCUUCUCCCUGCCCGGAACUCUCAGAGGGUUCCCCACCCCUUGGACUCUAAAACCACAUCUGAUGUUCUGAGGUUUGUUUUGGAGCAGUACAAUGCACUGUCAUGGCUCACGUGCAACCCUGCAACCCAGGACCGCAGUUCCUGCCUUCCUGUCCACUUUGUGGUGCUCACGCAGCUAUACAAUGCCAUCAUGAACAUCCUUUAAUGGCUCGGGAGCACCUGGCUGAUCUUCCCCUUCAACCUGAGAAAUGUGCCAGGGCCUGUAAGAGUCAGAGCUCCUCUUCCUCCUACAGGCCCAGCCUCAGAGGGUCCAAGCAGUGCUUUCCCCCCCUCCAGGAAUCAUAGGAGGUUUCUCCAGUGUUUGUGGAGCGUACCUGGUGGAGCAUGUCAGCACUUCUGCCAAGUAUAUCAGACAGUGGAUGUAUUACAGCCUCAAGGCAGUGUUAAUUUGGUGGCCGGACGUUGCGGAACAAUGGACCACAAAAGACAGUGUCUUUCUGUUCGUGUUUUUGUUUUAUUGUGCACAGGUCUCUUUGCUGAAGAGACGAGUGUCAUCCUUUUCAAGCAAAACGUUGUAAGUGACCGGUUUGGGUGGCCCAAAACUUUUAAUGUUGUUCCUUGAAAACCAUAAGAUGGACUUGACUGCAAAGAAGAACCAAUGCUAGUAGUUUAUAAACAGUGGGAUUUUCCAUCUACCUGGAAUUCCCGCCGGAGUGGAUUGGGAUGAAUGCAUGCAUUUGUUACCUGUCCAUGUAGAUAUGAAUGGUCUUGGAGAUACUCUUUUUAAGUUUGUUUGUUUGUUUCCUUUUAAUUUAUUAAUAGGGGCUAUUAAAUUAUAGAGGACCAGGUACAAUAGGUGAUCCAGCUCCAUUCUGCCGAGAAGUAUUUAUCGACAUACCUCGUGCUCUUCUGACCGAGAAAUGGGGUAAAAACCAAGAAAAAUCCAAAUACCAAGAUAGGAAUAGUAAGUGAGGAAGAACUUUAGGAGUCACUAUUUUUAUUUUUAUUUUGGUGGACAUUUUGGGUUAAGGAACUCUAGCGAGGUUCAAAUAAAGUCUAAUGCACAAUAACACAAUGCAAGAUAACAGAGACCAGUGGGAGACAAUAAAACACUCUAGCAUCGAGGCAAAUUGAAGGGAGAAGUAUUGAUUUAGAGGGGAGUUUGACGUAUUUGGAAAUUUAUUCCUGAAGCUCAAGUCACCUGUAAAACGGGGAGAGAUUAGUCUGCAUAUCUCUGUGUGUGUGUGUUUGUGUGAUACAUGUAUAUAUCUAUACAUAUACACACACAAGCAUCUAAUUUGUUUACACUCUAUAAGUUUCGAAUCUGGUGUAUUUCUGUCUAUAGGAAGAAAUAUUAUUUCAAAGAAAUAAUUUUUAAAAGUUAAUAUCAUUAAAUUAGUACUUGAAUAUGAAAACCACCGAGGUGGAAAAAUUACUUGGUUUAGUUAAAAUGCUUGCCAUUUAAAAAAAAAAAAGGAAAAAAGGUUUAAAGCGAAUCAUUAUUUUUUUUACUCAAUUCUAGGAUUUGAAAAGUCUAUAUGGUUAACCUCCCAUUUCUAAUGUUUUCUCAUUGCACUGUGUGGCAGGCUGGGCUGCUGUAAAAAAGAAGAAUCGAGUCUUGUUGAGAGUUGGCCAGCUUGGCCCAUCCUAAGAGAGAACUACCAUGUUUGAAGUUCUUCCAAAAGUCUGUCUUGUUCUGGUUAAAAAAAACAAACACACACAUAAUAAUUAAUUAAAAUUUCUAUGAGUUUAAAAGAAAUAUUUUUCUUGAAAUGAUGAUGUAACGUUUAAAAGCAAAUUUAUUGUUAAAAUAAAGAAAUAAUCCCAUGCACGAUGGGGGAGGAUCGGUCAGAGGGAGACCCUGUAAAUGGAUCACUUUUAUUCUCUUUGCUCCAGGCCCACCCACCAGGGGGCGGGGAGAGAGGGAACCUUUGCAAUGUACAGGAGGGGGGAAAAAAAAUCAGAUAUAUCAAAACCAUUUGUAUCUAAUGUAUACAGUGUAAAAUUGAUUUAAAAAAAUACUGCAUUACUAUUUUUUCUUAAUCAGAAAGGAAAAUUAUCAAGGCCUUUUGAAGAGCAUUAAAAUAUGAAGAUUGUAAACUUGUAUACAAAAAAAAUUAACUUGGUGAGGAAAACUAUGUAAAGUUAUCUUUUACCAUUCUGGGAUUAUUUGUUCCCAAAAUUCACCUGAACUUCGAAUUAUAGUUGGAUUUACUUUUUUUAAGAAUAGGCUGUUUGUAUCAAGGGGGUUUUUUUCUUCCCCAGGGAUCCAGUUCUAAUGCAAAAAUUAAAAUACCCCCACUCCACAAAUAAGGGGAAGGGGGGUAGUAAGGAGUAGUUUUCAUCUGGUGAUGUUUUUAUUUAAUUUUUUUAAGUUAAGAGAAGCUGGUAACAUAUUUAUACAUUUUUGUGCAAAAUAAAUGAAUGGCAAUAGAUUUUAAAAAGAAAAAAAUCUUAUGUACUUCAGUGUGAAAAUCUGUAUAAUAUUUCCCUUUAAAAUAUGCAUUAUUUUACUUGUGAGUUUUUUACUGAAUUAAUCUGAAAUGUACAAGCCCUGGAUUUCCUACAGAGUUGAAGAAGUUAUUUUAUUUUUUUUUAUUUCUAAUUUUGGAAAUCAUGCAGAAAUCAGAAUUAUAACAGUUUGAGCGAAGUGGGGGGGAUUGUUGCAGGGGAAUGUCCAGCAUGCUUGUAUGUAUAUUUCAGAACCUUUUUUUAAAUGUAAAAGCUGUACAUUUCUUGGGGGAGUUCUGAUUUUCUUUUUCCUUGAGCAUUUUGCAGUGAGCCUCUUUUAUAUAUAGCCAACAAUUUGAAACAACAAAACAUAAAAAAGAACUAUGUGAAGUUCAUUUUAAAUCUUACAGUAUAUCGCUGGUACAGUACACUAAAAAUAAAAAGACUUUGAUAAAAAAGAAGAAACAACAAUAAUAAUGACCUCCAUUUUAAAUGUCAUUCAUAUAUACCUUGUGGAUGAGAGCUAUAUACUUUUACACACUUUUUUAGAUGAAUAAAUUAUUGAAUUACUGAAA